UGCAGACCCCGCAACCUGCCAACACUGGACUAUGAACUUCACUCUAUAUGGGGAGCGAAUAAACAACAUUUUAUCCGCCUUUUACAUUACUGUGGAUUAACCCUUCAUUUUUAACAUAGUAUCCCACAGUUUUCAAUUACCGGACCAAAGCGUUUAAGGGAGCAGUCAACUUUAACAGACUUGGCGGGAUCAGUUUGAGAGAUGGAGGCUGAGGAAAGCAAAAUAUCAGUGUGGGUUUGUCGAGAGGAGAAGCUCGUGUCGGGCUUGUCGAAGCGCACGACCUGCGCGGAUGUGAUCCGAGUGUUACUGGAGGAGCAGAACUUACAGCAGUGCGUCACCACCGCGAUGCUCUCGGGCUCGCCACAGUCCUACUGCAUUGUGGAGAAAUGGAGGGGGUUUGAAAGGAUUUUGCCGAACAAAACGAAGAUCCUUCGACUGUGGAGUGCAUGGGGAGAGGAACAGGAAAACGUCAGGUUUGUGUUGGUGAAAAAUGAGGCGUCUUUACCCAGCAACGGGCCGCGGAGCGCAGAGGCGCGCGUAGUGCUCAGCAAGGAGAGCCCAACGUGCGUCUAUAAGGGGACCGCAAGAGUGACCAUGGCUCUGUCACAAGAGAAACAAAGACGCAUUGUUAGAAAAGCAUUCAGAAAGUUGGAUAAAAUCAAUAAGAAAAGGGCGCAGAGUGUAUCCAAGGAUGCAUCAUCUUUGGAGAAAAUGGAGACCCUUGUGCACCUGGUCAUAUCUCAAGAUCACACCAUCCGCCAGCAGAUUCAAAGGAUAAAAGAGCUUGACAGGGAAAUUGACAGGUAUGAGGCCAAAGUUCAUUUAGAUAGAAUGAAGAUGCAUGGGAUAAAUUAUGUCCAGGAUACGUAUUUAGUUGACACAAACCCAGAAAAAACAUCACUUGGAGAGGGGGACAAAAUGAGUUCUGCAGAAGCACUCGCCCAGUUUGAGGAAUAUGCUCAAAGAUGUGAGGAGGUCAUCAAACUGCAGGAAGAACUGGCCGAACAUGAGGCUCUUAUGGAGAGUAUUACAACCGAGAUCCAGGAGGAACUCAAUCAAAGAUGGAUGAAAAGAAGGCAUGAGGAACUUUCAAAUAAAGACUCUGAGACCAGCUCCACCCAGGGGCCCCUUAGAGUUACAACUCAGACUCAAGACAAUGAUGCAGGACCUCCAAAGGUGGAUGUGUCAUCCGAAAAUGAGUUGCUCUUGGAAGAAGAGAGGAUCAGAACUCAACUCGACACGAGUUUGUACAUCGGCCUGAGGUUGAACACAGAUUUAGAGGCUAUAAGGAACGAUUUGGACUUGGCGAAGGAGAUUUGGGGGGCAAAAGACAAGGAACUGAGGGAUUUACUGGAGAAAGUGAACUCUUUGGAUUUUGAGGAGGAUUGCGAGGACACUGGUGAUCUGAAAGAGGACGACACAAUAAAAACAGACACACUGAUGCCACUCAAGGGAGACAGUGUGUGGGUGGAGCAGGCAAGAGGCCUUUCAAAAAAAUGCAACACUAAUGAUGACGAUUCAGAUACGGGACUCAGUUCAAUGCAUAGUCAAGACUCAGAUAUCACACCCAUUUGUGAAUCUUUAGUGUAACAAGAGAGGCUACAAAAAAGCCAAACACUCAGGUUCACUACAUUGACCACCAUUUAUCACUUCAGCAUGCAUUCAUGUUAUUAAUUGUCAUGUCAGUAUGUAACAUAUUAAGAAGAUUAUUAUGCACUUACAGUGUAUGAGCAUUCUUAGUCUACAAUCAGUGUUAAUGUCACCUAGAUGAGCAUAUGAAUUGAGGUUAAAGUUGAACAGGAUUGAAAUCUUUUUAAAUGUGGUUGGAUGCAUAUUUCUGCACAAGGAAUGGCAGGGACCAAAUAUGAUUUGGACACUUUACACUGUAAAAAAUG